AUGCCGCAACAAGGAAUAGAAAAGCUCGAAGACUCUCUGUUUUCAUUAGAACUUGUGGUGGAGAAACUAUACAUACCCCACACUCCAUGCAGAUUCCCAGCAAUCGCAUUUCGGCUGUUAGACUUUCCAACAAUUGUUAUAAAACAUGUUGAUGACGAACUUGGCACAGCUAUAAGGAGGAAGAUAUCUUUUGACCAAUCUUAUCGACUACCAGAUCAGUUUAUAGAACUGAAAGACAAGCAUGGGAAUUUUAUGAUCAACAAGGGAAAAUCAUGCCUCAUGAGAAUGCCAGCAGAUAUCCUAAGACAACACCUAGCAAAUACUCCUCUGUAUGUUAUGGUCAUCGACUUAUUUCCUGAAGUACCAAAACUUGUAGGGAACAGUUCAGUACCACUGAAUACAUUAAUGGAUUUGAUAUGUGUUGAUAUUGCAAAAGUUGGGCCUACAGUUCCAUCAGUACACGGAGACAAGGGACUGUUUAAGCUGUACAAUCUCAUGGGAAAUGAGAUUGGGUAUUUUGUGCUAGGAUUCCGAUUGCUGUGUCUUGGGCCAAGCUUGAUUCCUCAUCUACCAGAAUCUAUACUUUUACAAAAGCAGUCAAAAUCAAGGCAAGUCAGAAAGAAUCUGAGUAGUAGUGAAGUGAUUCAUAAUCAUUUAGCAGAAACAGAAGCUGAAGAUGAUUUUGAGGUUGAGUUAAGAAACUCAGCAUGUAUGACAGACCCAGUGAAAAAUGAUGUAAUGCUGCAGACUGUAGAAAUGCAUGAUAAAGCAGUUCUUGUUGGUUUGUUUGAUUCUAGUGUCCAAACAGAAGCAGGAGUAAUGGCUCAAAAAGCAUCACAUAGCUUAGCUACUCAAACAGAAAAAAGAACUCAAAUAAAAGAAGCCCAGAGUGCCCAGCAGAAAUGGUUUAAAGUUGCUCAGUCUCAGCCUAAUGAAUAUGAAGAUGUGAUAAUAAACAAUAUAGUGUGUCCUCCUCCAUUAUUCUACAACAGUAAAGCAUCACCUAGAAUAAAGAUAGAUAGACAACAAUCUCACCCUGAAGAAUUCAUUGAUGAUUUAUCAGACAUUCACAGUUACGAUGGGCAAGGUUUGGAAAAUGUUGAGACUCAUAUUGAAGAAAUUAUUCACCAAGAUUAUAUUCAGCCAGGGAAACCAUAUGUAUCCCCUAAAAGACCAGUGCCUCAAGCAAGAGCUGGUGAAACUGUCAAGGGUCUACAGGUUGCUCCUAAUCCAAGCUCAGUUUUCCCAUUAUUGACAGCUCUUUUAAAUGAACUUUCUUGCAUUCAAAACCCACAGUUGUUACUAAAUGUGUCCAAUCAAAUGCAGGCCGCAUCUCAGAAAAUUCAGGAGUCAAGCCAGUCUCCUAAUGAAAAAGAACAGAUUCAUCAAAUACAGAAAAAGGAUAAAUUGUCACCAACUGCAGUAUAUGCAGUUGCUGCUGCCUUAGCCAGAAAGAUUGAGAACUCCACAGAAAACGGAAAUAUUGCCAGAUCUGAAAAACCCUCCAGACCAAAAAAUUCCCAGACUUCAGCAAUGCUUAAUAUAAGCAAACAAGAAAUCAAACAAGGUCAAAAGCAGACAUUUGUACAUCCACCCAAAAAAUCGAAACUUGUUUAUGGAAUGACACAUACUCAGCGGUUGAGACUUCAGAAAACAAAUCCACAAUGGUUAAAAACAGCAGAAAGAAAGAUGCCCAAUCUGACAUUGAAAACACAACCACCUAAGAAAGAAACUGAAACUGAUGAGAUAUCUGCAGAACUUUUGUCUGACACACUAACCGAAGUGAGGCGACUAGCAGAGAAAGAACUAAACAACACAGCAUCUGAGGAUACUCUUCUAAAUGUAACAAAAGCAGGCGAGUCUUCUCUAGAGCCAUCCACAGAGCAUCCUAAGAAUACUGUUCCUGGAGGGAAAGAUAAAAAUACUAAACUUUCAACAAGAAAAUCAAAGCAAGUGGACACAAAUAAAAGACCUGUAGGAGGCAAGUCAAAUGUGCAUAACACUUAUUUACUUAAAAGUGGGCAAAAACAUAACAGAAGUAUGGCAACCCAGCAGAAUGAGAUGUUAAAAGACACACCAGGCUCUGGUGUGGUUACAAGAACAAAACCUGUUCCUCAAAUGCGUCAGUUCAGAAAUAUUACAUCGCCACCUUAUGAUGAUCAAGAGUUCAAUGCUGAAGUGAGUCCCGACCAAGCAAGUUCCAAAAACCACUCUGUUGAGGUUUCCCUCCCAUCACCAGAUGACAGCAGUGACAAUAUUCCUCUUCCUGAUGACAGUUUGGUGGAAAAAGGGGAGUCUCUAAGUAUCAAUUUUCCUAAGUACUUGUCAAAAGACAUUUCAUUGCCUGAGUCAAUUGAUGGUACAGUCAAUGCAUCCUUAAAUAUUUCUGAAGGAAGUGAUGAUCAGUCUCCUUUAGAGUCAACUCGACAGUCAAAGAACAUAGUCUCUGAUCACAGUGAUUCAAAAGUACUUCAAUCAGUUGAUUAUGAUACACGCCAGUUUCAGUCUACUGAUGAGCCGGAGCUGCAAGAUCUUCUAAGUGAAGAGGAGAAUCCUUCCAAUGGGGCUGUCAGAAGUAAUGUUGUACCAGCCAGAGGCACGCAACCAUUCCCUGUCAUAAAUCCACAGCUAUCUGAAAACUCGCCAGUUCCAUCAGUAAGACGAUCAACAAACAAACAAGAUCCUACAAUGCACAGCUACAUUCCUUCUUUUUCUCAGAAACUGGAGUCAUCUAGCUCAUCAAGGUCUACAGCCAAAAAAUCAAAUAGUGUUACUGCUGUUGAAGAGAAUGAUGAUAAUGACUUCAAAGCUCAGUAUGAUCCUUUUCAGAAGAUUGGUCCAAACAUUAAAAAUCUGUCCAUUGAAAGGAAUGACACACCAAGUUCAACCACUUCCAGUCCUCGACGUCCAACUCCACAACCCCGAAAGCCAACCCCUAGGUCACUGCAUACUGACUCCCUUAGCUCUUAUAUGCCAUCCGAUCCAGACAAUGUAGUGAUAUCAUUGUCCAGUUAUUCUGGAAACUAUUCAGAUGAUUUUCAGCUCUAUGAAGUUGAUAAAAGUAAACAGUCAACUUCUUCAGUUGAAAUUCAUCCAAAAGUAAUUCCAAACUCUAAACUUGGCUAUACAAUUAAUUAA